AAGUCUUAAUUUUUCUUUUUUUUAAUCUUUUUGGUUUUUUUCUCACUAUGUCACACUUUUCAAACUGUUACUUCUUUAUAACUUUGAUUUUAAAAGUCACAAUUUUUACAAAAUUUUACAGAGACCCCAAAGUCCCGAAAGGUGAUUAUUUCAUUUUAUUUUAUUAUUAAUAUUUUUUGUACACAUGAUAAUUGUCUCGUGCCCGCAAAAUAUCACCUUUUGGGACAUAUGGCACCUUGAAAGUGUUUUAUUUUUUUAUUUUUAGGGGUUCAUAGGAAGAUAGCAUUACAGAUGCUUCUUUUGAUCUAAGUGCAAAUGCAGAUUUUAAAGAAUUGUGAGUUAUAUUUCCAUGCCAAUAUUAAUACAUCACAAUUAUGGACAUUAAGUCAAAUUGUUAAUUGUAUUUUGCCACAUGAUUUUGCUCAAGACAUGUUUGACUAUAUCGCAAUUUAAAUUAAUGGUUAAAUAUGUGACAGACUGUGAUUUAUUGUAUUAACCUUAACUGAAACACAUGGUGGCUGAAAGUCCUCCAUUUCGCGAGUCAGAAACAAUCAAAAUACACCUUUACGUCAAACUUACAAGAUAUGAGUCACAUAUCAGGUUAUAUUGUAUAUUUUAAUGUGUUUUUAGCCCUGAAAAAACCAUUAACCCUCACAUAAAACCUUAUAAAAACCCUUAAUUCAUUACAUCCUUACACUGAUCACGUGUUGCUGUGGUCACUGCUGCAGGAGGACACGGGCUGAAUAAACUUGAUGUGUGGAAAAACGGGGGAAAUACUCAAUUUGUUUUCAACGGUCAGGAGCUCUUGAGACAAUGACGUCAUCUUUUGUCUUGAAACAAAGGGUGCACUCGUUUAAACGACCUCAAUUCGCCGGCGAUGAGGUUCCCUCUGUGUGGGCGGAGUUUUCCGCGGUGAAACCCCGGUGUUACGAAGAACUCUGUCACCCGUCAGAUACUGUGACGUGAUUGAAAAUCACAUACGUUUGUAUUAACAUUUAAAUCGCACUUAAUUUAAACAUUUAAAUCGCACUUAUAGUAAUUAUCGUAUUCAAACUGUCAGAACUACGGAAGCCUUUAAGUGACCGCGUCUGUUCAACGUACCAGUGGCUCUUUCUGUAGAGUUACGCAAUUUAACGGGUCACACUUUCCGCUGUAACACCUGCUCCAACCAACGGAGGACGUAAACACUCGGAAGUGUGAGGGGUGUUUCCAGCUGAUCUGCACAACAGAAGGACCAGAGUCUCCCUCAGCAGCCCGACAUACCUGCUCCUUUCUCCGGCACCUCAGCAGAGCAGACCGGUCCCUGCUGCAGGUGUGCACCGCCACAUCAUACGGAUCUUACUCGGGUUAAUCUGAGGACGAACCGGGGGGGUCCUCGGUGUCCCCCACCCCUGUCUCCCUCCUUCCCUGCUCCUCUGCUUCUCUCUUAGCCGUGUGUUAGCUACCGUGAACCGGUGCCGUCGGUAGCAGUUAGCCCGGACUGUCAUGAUCCCAGCGCGGAGAUGGCGUCCUUCCCCGGUUUGUGUAAGGCUGUCGGGCCAGCGGAGGAGGAGAACGGAGAGCUGGACGGCUCUCUGCAGCAGAUGCUGAAGGCCAUCGCCGACGAGAGGAACCGACUCAACAUCCGACAGGAGAUCAGCGGACUCGGUUGUUUUAAGGAUGACCGCAUUGUGUUUUGGACCUGGAUGUUCUCCACAUACUUCAUGGAGAAGUUUGCUCCUCGACAGGACGACAUGCUGUUCUACGUCCGCAGGAAGCUCGCCUACGUCAGCGCUGACAACACCGAGGGCAAAAAGGUGGAGGUGGAGGUUUACAGGAGAGACUCCAAGAAGCUGCCGGGCCUCGGUGACCCUGACAUUGACUGGGAAGAGAGCGUCUACCUGAACCUCAUCCUGCAGAAGUUGGAUUACGUGGUGACAUGUGCUGUGUGCACGCGCUCAGACGCAGGAGAUAUCCACAUCCACAAGAAGAAGUGUCAGGAAGUAUUUGCAUCUCCCAGCAAACACGCCAUGGACAGCAAAGGAGAGGAGUCCAAGAUGAGCUACCCGAACAUCUUCUUCAUGAUCGAUAACUUUGAGGAGGUGUUCAGUGACAUGACGGUGGGCGAGGGCGAGAUGGUGUGUGUGGAACUGGUGGCGAGCGACAAGAGCAACACCUUCCAGGGCGUCAUCUUCCAGGGCUCCAUCCGCUACGAGGCCCUGAAGAAGGUCUACGACAACCGGGUGAGCGUUGCUGCUAAGAUGGCCCAGCGGAUGUCUUUCGGCUUCUACAAGUACAACAACAUGGAGUUUGUACGGAUGAAGGGUCCGCAGGGCAAAGGUCACGCUGAGAUGGCCGUCAGCCGGGUGCCGACCGGUGACACCUCCCCAUGCGGCACCGAGGAGGACCAGGUGUCGCCCAUGCACGAGAGGGUGACGUCCUUCAGCACACCUCCGACCCCGGAGAGGAACCGUCCCUCCUUCUUCUCUCCGUCUCUGAGACGCAAAGUGCCCCGAAACCGAAUCGCAGAGAUGAAGAAGUCUCACUCCGCCAACGACAGCGAGGAGUUCUUCAGGGAGGAGGAAGACGAAGAUCUUCACACCACUUCCAACCUGCGCUCUCGCUCUCUGUCGGGGACCGGUCGCUCUCUGGUCGGCUCCUGGCUCAAACUCAACCGGACUGAAGAAUACUUCCUGCUCUACUCACACCUGACCUACGUCACCCUGCCGCUGCACCGCAUCACCACAGACAUCCUGGAGGUGAGGCAGAAGCCCAUCCUGAUGACAUAGCAGGGCUGGACUCCCUCAGAACAUCACUACCAAGUGCCUCCUGCAUCAGGCCACUGAGACCACAGCAGCGCCCCCCGGUGUCCAGACCGAGACCAACAACCAAACACCUGCUUCACCUGGAGAGACCAGUCAGAGGAGACCACGACAAACCAGCCAUUCAGGAAGUGCCUCUUCUUCUUUUCAGUUCCUGCUGUGUCCGAGGUCGUCUCCACGGAAACGGGCCCGGCGUCGGGAUAUCACAUGACCUCAAUGUGAAGAGGCAUUGGCUGAACUCUGACCAGGAAGUGAAGAAUGUGUGUUUUCUUGUAAAUAUCCUGCUGCUUUACUCACUGAGACGCCUCGACUUAAAGGUUCUGCUUUUAACGACACGUUCUGUUUCUGUUCCACCGUCGUGGUUUUCUUUUUGUUUUUAAUAUUAUCUACGACGACAGGAGGUGAGAGGGACUAAAGUGUUUGUGUCUGAGAGGAAACUAGAAGAGUGGGCAGCUUCAGUCCUGUAACCAGACAUAGUGUCGGCUCUGUUUGAGGUCACAGCAGGGUCAAAUCAUUGCUUCAUUUAUUAAGACAGGUCAAAAUAUAAAAAACAAAUGAUCAUCACAGCUUCGACUUCAUGUCGAUUAAAUGUUCCGAACAUGUUCAACGAGAAGAAGCACACCUGAGAACCUGUUACCAGCAAAUAUUUAACUUGUAAUGAUUAUUUAAAUGUUUCAUAGUUUUCAUUUGCUCAGCUUAAUUAAUAGUCAAAUGGGUAAAUCAGUCAAUCAUUAACUGGAUUUAAUCGCUCCGCCAACACGUUAAAGUUCACAGUAACAAUAAGCAGAAUACGAUGUGAUUAUAAUGACUUAAAUAAAGAAAAUAAAUCAAAUUAAAACUUCGUUAUUUCACUGGAAAAAUGACCUGAUUGAUGAUAAACUAAAAUAACUCAGUAUCAGAAUAAAAUCAUAAUUUUUAAAGUAAAUUUAUUCUUAUAAUCAAACUUAUUUUUCGUAGAAAACUGUGACUUUACAGAGAGUUAUUCAGAGUUUUUUAAUCAUUAAAUUACAACCAAUUUCCCUCCAAAUUUUCCAGUUCAUCUUCGUCUUAAACGAUAAAUUGAUGAUUUCCUGUCACUCAGUGAACUGAUAAACAGGGUUCCUGCACAUUUAGCAUUUCAAAGUUCAAAUUUACAGACUUCGAUUCAGCGUUCGAUUUUUAAACCAUAUUUGUCAUAAAAAUAAAUGUUCCCCUAAUAUAUUUUACAAACGCCAUGAAAAACUCUGCUUGUGUCAUCAGUUUAUUUUUAGAAAUUCUGAAUUUCAGAUUUUAGAAAACAGAGUUGGGGCAGUAGUCUGGAAACACAAAGAUUUUUCCAGACUCUUUUAACUUUUCCGAAUGUAUUCAAACCUGGAAAGUCACUUACUAAAAUCAAAUCCCAUACUGUGAAGGAACCCUGGAUGAAUCAGCUGAUCGUAUCGUCCUGACUGGGUGUUAAAUUUGACUAAAACACGACCCGUCUGUCACAUCUGUCGCUGUGAACUCGACUUUAUAACCUCCCCGAAGACCACCAGCAACAGUUCGCUGCCGUAUACAACAAUUAACUGUAAUAAAAUUAUAAAUAUAAUUAAUAAAAUCUAAAAAUCUUAUAUUUAAAAUGACUUAAUACAUUGAUUAUUAAAAAGUUCACUGUCUUUUGCUUUGCUAACUAAUCAGAUAAUAAUUUCAGCACCGAGUGUGUGAUGUCAUUAUUCCUAAUUGUCUGUAAAUCAGAUCUUUGACCUCACCCGUGUACAGCAACAAAUUAUUAUUACUGUUAUUACGCAAAGUGCAAAUAUAAAAAGAUGAGAUGUCAUAGAGAAAAAAUAAAAGUGUGCAGACAGUUUCCUAAUUUGAUUUAACAACAUGUUUGGGAUCAGUGAGACGCUCCAGAAAUGAUUUUACAGUGAAACAGUGUAAAAUAUGUCGUACGCAUGGAUCUCAAAGACGACACAACCUGAAGUAGCUGCACAUACUGGCAUUUCAGCCCAAAGUCAAACUGAUUAAAGGAAUAAUCCACUCCCCAAAUGAUUUUAUGUAUAUCAGUAACUCUCCCUGUGUUACGCUGAAUUCACAAAGAAAAUUUUCUUUUUCUCUCAUGCCUCCACGGUGAACGAAGAAUCCAAAAACAGAGAAAAUUCUUGAUGAAUUGAAGCCAUAGGGGUCCACGUUUAACAACAGCAGAACUACAUCAAAACAUCCAUUUACAAACUCUAACACAACUCGUGAGUUGUAACCCAAGUCUCAUUUAUCCAGUCGUUGGAUCAGUACUUCCAAACACAUGCAUUUCCAUUUAAACCUCACUAUUUAACCCUUUGACACCUGAGCAAAUUGGCUUGAUUUCUUUCAAACACGUGGCAAGACGGCCGUGAGCAGUGAAGGAAGAAAUGACCCAAAAAAUUUGCAAGAAAUUAGUAAAAAGAGAAAAUUGAAAACAAGAAAAUGAGCCUUAAAAAAUUAUAUUUGUUUUAUAAUUUUAAAUAUGUAAUAAUUACAAAAAAAAUAUCUUUCUUUUUUCCCAUAUUUUUUAAAAAUAAUUUUCUAAAUCUAGUAUUUUUUUUUGCAAUUUGUGGGACGUGUCGUACCAAGUUGCUCAUUGCCUUUUUUUCAUGAUGACACUGCACGAGAUGUUUUAGGAGAGUUUUGCUGUUGCUAAACGUGGACCCCUACGACUUCUACUCAUCAAGAAUUAUCUCUGUUUUUGGAUUCUUCGUUCACCAUGGAGGCAUUCGACAAAGACAAAGUGCUCUUGACAGAUUAAAUUGACCACAGGGAGAGUUACUGCGACACAGAUGAUCAUUUGAGGGGUGAAAUGUUCCUUUAUGUGAUCCACAGUGAAAAUGAGACGAGACAAGAUGGAUGACGUUCAGUAAUGAGAGCAUAAAUCAGUGUUGUUUUACUCCAUGACACCUCCCGGGCGACAUUAAAAUCUAUAAUUAGCUGAGUUUUAAAUUAGGGGCAAUCUGAUCAAAGACAACAAGACUGAAUCCUGGAAAUGAUUUAAUCCAAGUCAGGUGUGUUCAGCAGUUUAAUACCAGACUUAUAAGUUAUUAUUUUCAGCGAGUCUGUUUUUUUAUUUAAAACCAUCGAACACAAACUCCAGACGGACCCCGAGCCGACGGACACAACAUCUGUAUUUCAUUAAAGCAGCUGUGUGGUGAUAAAAACUGUCGUCGACUUCCACAGAGUUAAAAAGAAGGAGAAGAAGAAUCACAGGAUCCCAGCUUUGACUUUUUACUUUUCUUUAAAACUGCAACUGCGACUCACAAACUGGAAGUGACUUGAAAACCUCAUGAAGAAACUACAGAGACGAUUUUAAAGGGAAACUGGAAUAAAAACCGAAGGAAGCGUCCUGACGGGA